UGCCGAGCGCCCUUUCCCGAGGCGUGAGCCAUGAAGAGCCGGCGGCGGUGGAGGUGGCGCUGGCAGCACCGGCGCUUCGCCCUGGGCUUGAUGCUCUACACGCUGCUGCUCCUGCUGCUGGUCUCCUACAUGCUGGACUACGGAACCAGGAGAGGGCGCGCGGGCGAGGAGGAGCCGCCGCCGCCGCCCCGCCAUUGCCCCAGCCUCGAGGAGGCGCUCGGCGACUGGAGCUGGGAGGAGCCGCUGCCGCCCGGAGAAGCAGCCUCCCAGGGGGCGUCCGGGAACCGGACGGGGAGCGGGGCCGCCGCCGCCGCCGCCCCGGGCAGCAGGGCCGGCGGGAAGCGGCAUGUUUACUUGCACGCCACUUGGCGCACCGGCUCGGCUUUCCUGGGCGAGCUGUUCAACCAGCACCCGGACGUCUUCUACCUGUACGAGCCCAUGUGGCACCUGAGCAACCUGAGCACGGCCAGCAUCUUCGGCUGGCGGACUAACAAGGUGAUCUGCUCGGCGCCGCUGUGCCCGGACGCGCCCUGGGCUCGGGCCGAGGUGGGCCUCAUCGACGGCGCGGCCUGCGAGCGGAGCUGCCCGCCGCGGGCGCUGCGGGACCUGGAGGCCGAGUGCCGCAAGUACCCGGUGGUGGUGAUCAAGGACGUGCGGCUGCUGGAGCUGGGCGCGCUCCUGCCUCUGCUGCGGGACCCGGAGCUGGACUUGCGCGUCGUCCAGCUCUUCCGCGACCCCCGCGCCGUCCACAAUUCCCGCCUCAAGGCCAAGCAGGCGCUGCUGCGGGAGAGCAUCCAGGUGCUGCGGAGCAGGCACCGCGCCGAGCCCCGGGCACUCCCCCGACGCCAGCUCCUGCCGGCCCCUGUCGCCGCGGCCGCUCUGCCCGGGGGUGGCGGCGUCGGCCUCCGGGCGCACCAGCAGCACCGAGCCGAGUUCUUUCUGGGCGGCGCCCUCGAGGUGAUCUGCCAAGCCUGGCUGCGCGACUUGCUCUUCUCCCGCCGCGCCCCGGCCUGGCUGCGCGCUCGCUACACGCAGCUGCGCUACGAGGACCUGGUGCUGGAGCCGCGCGCCCAGCUGCGCCGCCUCCUGCGCUUCGCCGACCUCGCGGCGCCGCCCGCGCUGGAGAGCUUCGUGGUCAACAUGACCCGCGGCGCCGCCUACUCCUCCGAGCGGCCCUUCCUCAUCUCCGCCCGCGACGCGCGAGAGGCCAUCCACGCUUGGCGGGAGCGCCUGAGCCGCGAACAGGUCCGCCAGGUGGAGGACGCCUGCGGCGAGGCCAUGAACCUCCUCGCUUACCCGCUGAGCGGCGCGGACGGCGAUCGGCUGCGAGAGGGCGCCAGGGGGCGCCCAAGCGCUCCUCCUCACCCAGGCUAACAAACUGGCAGCUGAUAUGUAACAGGAUACAGACAAGGACACAUGCGUUGAAAGCACACAGCAAUGACAGUGAAUGGCAACUUCUACUGUAGGUUCAGCAUGUCAGUCCAAACACAGACGGACUUUAGCAGAGCAGCAGACAUUGCUAUAAAGACAACACUGAGUAAGGAAACUGACAUGGUGCAAUGUGAAUAAUGGUCUCUCUGCUUUUGAAGUACUUUAUUUUCCGCCUCCAAGCUGCCCGUGUGUUUUCAUUUCUUGAGACUGCCACUUCCAACAAGCUUUAUUGGCACAUGGACAACCAGCUACCACAGGAAGAGGCAUAUUGGAGUGUGUGGUUUGUCAGCGGACUCUUACUUUGUUUCACAAUAUUUUUAAUGUAUUUUAAAUGUCCUAUUCAUUUCAUGAAAGGAGAACAAACACAAUGCCUAUGAAAUUCAUGAGUCCUUAUUAGUGAAGGUAUACAGUCAGUUGUGGAGCCACA